AUUGCUUUCCUACAAGAGAACUGUAUGUCUGUCAAAUCACCUUCCAGCGGGGGUAUUAUCAUCGGAAUACGUGGUGGAGCCAUAUAUUUGAAUUGCAAAAAGGACAACUUGACUGCUGUCCAUGUUCUGGAAAACGGAACAGCAGUACCAAUGAGUGUGCAGGAGACUGGUGAGUAUCAACGAACGUUGUCAAGACCGACAUCCUGGAAAGUUCUGCGUCCCUCAGUUUUCGUCGCCCCGAUCAAGCAAAUUCCUUACCAGUACGAGAUACGCGUACAAUUCGCUCAAGAUUUCAAGGUUAUGGUAUGGUUUCAGUCAGUGAAUCAGCAAACCAGUGAUGCGAAAUGCAGUGAUAUGCAAGUAUUAGUUUUUGCUUCGGCUGCCAUACCAUAUCUUGCGCUGGUAGAAGGUGGAAGUACAAAAAGAAUUUGCGGCAGAACUGUUCCAAAUGAAUCAAUAUUUUCCGAUAGUUCGCAAGUGACCAUCAUUCUCCGGUCAACAACAGUUGCUAUGAGUGUGGAAAAGGAGGAAUGGGGUUUCGAUAUCGUCAUGGUGCCAUAUAAAUCAGGCAAGCCGCUUUUGUCUUCUUGCUUUCAAGCGAUAUUCGAUAGACCGAUAAGCAGUACCCUUUGCUGCUUAUCAGUUUAA